GUUAAAUCAACACUGGGAUGUUUGCUGUGCACAGUGUUUGGGGGGCAUCCUGUGGGGGGACAAAUCAGGCCAUGUGGAUUUUGGUCAGGGGGAGAUUUGUAUUGACUUUUCAAAUGAAACUCAUUGUUUAGAAACAGUCAGUCAUGUCAUGCGGACAAAGAUCAUGACAUCACUCAAGACUUUGUGAUGUCAUACUCAAUGGCUUUGAAUAUGACAAAGACACUGAUGACAACUCAGACUUCCAAGGAGUUCCAAGAUAGAUUACGUUCUCUGAAAAUGUGUCCAGAGUCUUAAAACGAUUCCUAUACAAAAGGAAAAUGAAACGUUCAGCAGAAGAUCUGCGAACCAUGGACAAGUCGGAUCAACUAACUGACAAUGAUCCCCAAUCCCACAAGAAACUCAUGAAAAAUGAGGGUGAAAGAGCCAGAGAUGCAACAAGACCAUCCAUACAGCAAACAGGCAAUUCUCCUUCCAACGACAAAAAAAAACAUACUGAAAAGGAUUUACAACUAGAAAACAUAUCCCUGCAGAAGGAAAUGAGAGCGUUAGAGGUAAAAUGUUUUAAACUUUCUAACAAAUGUAAAGGGCUUUCGACCAAACUUCAGGAACGUGAUGCUAGAAUUCAGGAUAUAGAAGAUCAGUUAAAAAGUACAAAAUCUAGUCUUGCAGAGAAGACAAAUUCUCUGAUGCUUGUAACAGCACAAAGGCGAGAUUUAACUGAUAAAUUGGCAGCGAUGAAGCUCUACAAAGAUAGAGCAUUGAUGGCUGAGAAACAAGUCUCAGAGCUCACCGAUAAAAACCAAAAAUUGAAAGUACAACUAGACUUGUCUCAUCAAAAAGCAAGCACAUAUAGAGAUGAAUUAGAGACCCACAAAGAAGAGCUUUAUAAGCAUUCAGAUCUCUUGAAAGCUAGAGAUAACACAAUUAGCCAUCUUAACAUCUCGUUGGAUGUAAAACAAAGGCAAAUCGAUGCUCAGACAGAGGAAAUUAAAAGACAACGCAAACUUGCAGAAGAGAAUGAAGUUGAGGCGAGAAGAAAUCGCCAAAACGAGGAAACAUCAAUGAAGCGAAUAAAACACAAAGAUGAAGAAAAUUUGAGUCUACGAAAGGAAGUCACGGGACUAAAAAAGGCUUUGAGUGAAACUGAGAUCAAGUUGUCAAAACAAGAUGUGAAAUUCCAAAUCCUCCAGGAAUACCUUAAAAGUGCUCAGACAGAAAAAGCAGACUUGCUGAAAGAAAAACGAGCUCUAGAACAUUCUACAGCUUAUCAUGAGAAAGAGAUUGUCGAAACACAGAUAGUCCUGCAAAAGUUCCAGCAAAACAAUUCGUUUCUUAAGGAUCAAAUGCAGCAGCUCAAGGGAAAGCUGGCUGACGAGAUUCGCAGCAGCAAGAAAAAUAAGAUAAAAUUUGAAAAAGACCUCCUGCAGAAACAGGAAGAGUAUACCAAACUUAAGACUCAGACAGAAGACACUCUGACAAAAAACAGGAGAGCCACAGAAGCAAUUUUCUGUARUGAGAGAAAAAUUGGAAUACUGGCAGACACAGUACGUGAACAGGAAUCUAAGAUUAUGGAUCUAACCAAGGAAGUUCUGAGACUCUAUGAGAAUGACGACACGAAAAAUGAUCAACUCAGAAAGUGCCGCUCUGAGAACCACAGAUUGUCCACAAAGCUGAAAAUGAAAGAAGAAGAAAUUAAGAAUCUCAAGCUUGAGGAGGAGAAGCUGCUGGAGACUGGACAAUACUGGAAAGGCAUAUGGGAAAGGGAGGCGUCCCACAACAGCAAUGCACAGUGGCUAACCUCUCUACGAGAGGACCACAGCAACCUCCCUGAACAAGCCCCAGUAACCAUCACUGUGGUAGAUGUCCAAGAAAGAGUCUCGGGCCUGAACCCCCUCAGCCAAAUCAUCAGCAAGAUUGGCUAUGGAUACCGACUCAAGAAUGGGGCCACAAUCAGUCACCUCCUCUACAUGGAUGACAUCAAGCCUUACACCAAGAGCGAGCGAGACAUCGACUCACUGAUCCACACCACCAGGAUCUACAGCACUGACAUUDGGAUGUCAUUCGGACUAGAGAAGUGUGAAGGAACAAUAGCAGACAUUGAGGACAGUUACAAGUACCUCAGGAAACCACAAGCAAAUGGCAACCUCGAUGAGGUCACAAGAAAGGAGCCACAGCUAAAUACCUCCAACGAAUAA